AUGGGAAGCGAGUUUUCAAAAAAGAAACAUAGUUUAAAAAUUAAUAAUAAACAUGGUUCCAAAAAACGAACAGAUUCAAAUUUUCUUAUUGAUAAUGUAGAUAUUUCAACGACCGAAUCUGGUUAUACUCUCAGUGAAGCAGAAAUCAAACAAAUUCGUCAAGAGGCUCGUAGUUCAUCAAUUAGUAUGCUUCCUGCUGUGUUACCCAUGCAAUAA